AUGCGGUUCGAUAAAGUACUUAUCACCGGUGGAGCUGGCUUCAUCGGCUCUCGUCUGGCGAGAAAACUUGCAGCUAGUGGGGCGCAAGUUACGGUAUACGACUCGUUUCACCCACAAGUCCAUCAUGACACCACCGAUCCUUUUGCCGACCUCCCCGAUAUCACGGUAUUGCGUGGAGAUGUUGCAAGUAAAGACCGCCUGCUUGAAGCUGUGCAACGCACCCAGCCUAACUUAGUUUACCACUUAGCUGCAGAAACGGGGACGGGCCAAAGUUACGACGAGCCCUCUCGUUAUUGCGAAGCAAACGUGCUUGGAACCACGAACCUCAUCGAGAGUAUAAGACAAACUCCCACGCCGGGAAUGCGCGUGAUACUUGCGGGAUCGCGAGCAGUUUACGGCGAAGGUGGAUUUGUAAACGAGCAUGGCCAACCAAAGGUGGGGGGAUCGCGCUCUGUAGAGGAACUGAGCGCAGGUAAUUUCGAUGUCAUGGAUAGCGAUGGCACGGCGCUGACGCCGAUUCCGACUUCGGAAAACAUUGCCCCAGCUCCUGCUUCAGUCUACGCAUCCACCAAACUCAUGCAGGAGUACAUCCUAGAACAGUGUGCCGCCGAAGGAGAUUUUGAACUCGGUUUGCUUCGUUUUCAAAAUGUCUAUGGCCCGGGGCAGAGUCUGAAGAACCCCUAUACCGGCGUCCUGUCGAUCUUUUCGUCUCAAAUCUUGAACAAUCAAGUUCUAAACAUUUACGAGGAUGGAAACAUCGUUCGAGAUUUUGUUUUUGUGAGCGACGUCGUAAAUGCUUUGCUGAGAUGUCGCGAAACGAAGACGCUUCCGAAAGGCCCAAUAAACAUUGGCAGCGGACAGGCCUCCACAAUUCUUGAGACAGCGCAAAUACUAUUAAAAAAGCUAGAUCGCGACGCGUCGCAAUUCAAAGUUAGCGGCCAGUUUAGACCCGGGGCAAUGUCGGCAGACGACGGCGAAGUCUUUCGACGGGGGUCAAUCGCGGCGGUCCUCGCUUUAGGACAAGGAAUGAACCCGCAACUCUCAGGUCGCGAAAAUGCGCAUUUGUUUGCCCGGACUUUAGGCGCCUCCAAUGCCUCUGUUAAGAAAUCUAUCGCGAGAAUAAAGGAAUUCAGCGAAUUAGGGGACGCCUUUGAUGAGCCCAUGAGGACUUAUUCCUCGGGAAUGCGAGCACGGCUCAGUUUCGCGACCGCGAUGACCGUCGAGGCAGACCUUCUGAUCCUUGAUGAAACCCUGGCCGUUGGUGACCUCAAUUUUCGAUUCAAGUGCUAUGACUUGUUACAAGAGCGCAGCGCAAGUAACAAAACUAUGAUGAUGGUGUCGCAUAACCCGCUUAUCCUAGCGCGGUUCUGCGAACGAAUUAUAGUCAUGGAUAAAGGUCGGCUGGUAUUCGAUGGCGCCGCGGCCGAGGCGCUUGGUGUGUACAAGCGCAUCCGUUUAAUGGGGAACACAAAUGCUGAUCUAGAACAGGAUCUACCUGCCAUUUACGCGCAAAUUUUGAGUGACGC